AUGUCGGAGAGCCGGGCAAUUACCGGGAGGCGACAACACCCGUACAAGACAAGCAGUCCACGAAACGUAGUGGGACCUCUAGAAUCACUUGCAUCUCGACCACCUAACACACAGAGGCCAUCACUACCCGCAGAUUCUGAGAAGAGGCAAAAUACUGGAACCAGGUCCACUUCGACUUCGGCUGUCGAAGAACUUCCAGCGCCAGCUCAGAUUCCUAAGGACUACACCAAUAGAACUCUGCUUAUCGCUGAAAGGAGCCGCAUUUAUUUAGAUUGUAUUGCAAUCCUCGAGCCAGUGUCUACUGCAGUUUUGCUAUUGCAAACAGGUCAUUCCAAUGCGAACAGCCUGAAGCCCACCGCCAAGGGCUCGCCUAGUGGCCUGGGGGUAGUUCGUUAG